AUGUCCCAGCCACUACCUGUCGUUACUUAUAUUCUGGGCGGUUGGGACUUGGGUGUCUGUGGUGAUCUCCUGCUGCAAGGCGUUAUCUUUGCCCAAAUAUCCCACUACUUCUCUCUUUAUCGCUCCGAUGGGCCCGCCCUCCGGAUGUUCGUUUUCGGUCUUUUGUUCCUCACAACCCUCAAGUCAAUGCAAAUGAUCGCUAUUCUGUGGACUCAGAAUGUGAUCUACUUUACCAACAUCCGGGCAGCGGCGACAAUGUUCACGAGCAACUGGCUCGAGCAAAUCAACUUGGGCAUGUCUGUCUUUCUUUUGAUCGACCAUUAUUCAACUGUCCUAGGAUUCGGUGGUUUCAUCACAUUCUGCGUGCAAGUGUUCCUGUGUCAGCGUCUUUGGGCUCUCAGCAAAAACAUCUACAUCGUCACUAUCUUGAUGGCUGUAUUCACCUUCUCGUUGGUGGCAGCAUUUGUAGCGGUUGGUUUCACGUUCAACGACAAGCCUGUCAGAGGCACAUGGAUUUCGGUUCAUCUUGGGGUUGUUUUUGGUGGAGACCUUUUACUUUGUGGCUCGACGGCUUAUUUUCUCCUGAAACACUCAAAACAAGUUUUGCCGCAAACUGCGGGAAUGCUCAAUGCGAUCCUCAAACUCACGGUGCAGAGCGCUGUGCCUGGUGCUCUUUGUGCUAUGGUCAACCUCAUCACCUCCCAGACGGGAGACAAAUUGAAUCCAUUCAACGUGUCAACCAUGCUUUCCAUCAUUUCAACCGAUCUACUGCCUAAGCUCUAUGCUAUCAGCGCGAUGUGGACUCUGAAUUCGCGGCGUGCAAUUCAACUUGCGGGCUCAGCGGGCCACAAUACGAGCAGUAUCGAAGGACAGAGUGACAGGAGGAGAACCGGGGCCCCUAGUGGUGUUGAGCUUGGAACGUUCGGAAAGGUGCAGCGCAUCCAAGUUCGCACCCAGGUGCAAACUCUGCAUCAUACGGACGACGACGAUGUUGUGGUGUUUGCGCAUGGCAAUGACCUGAAGCCGAAGGAAAUGGAAGAGUUGAGUCUCGAUGCAGAGAGUGGGUCGACGAAGAAAGGAUUGCAUUGA